UGGACGGUUCAGCUGUCGCUCAGCUUCGUUUGGAGAUUCCAUGUGUCCGGAACAAAUGUUUGCUAUCGGCCCGCGAUGAAGGGUCAGAGGGGUCUACUCGGUCACGGGUUAUUUUUAGGAGCAUGUUUUCAUAGAGGCGGCCUGCGGGGAGAUGGUCGGUAUUAAAGCCGACCGGAGGGGAACCGGAGCACACAGGCUCGGAUUCAAGAUGCCGAACUGGGGGGGAGGCGCCCGCUGUGCGGCCUGCGAGAAGACGGUGUACCACGCAGAGGAGGUCCAGUGUAACGGGAGGAGCUUCCACAAGACCUGCUUCCUCUGCAUGAGCUGCAGGAAGGCGCUGGACAGCACCACCGUGGCGGCGCACGAGUCUGAGAUCCACUGCAAGUCCUGCUACGGCAAGAAAUACGGGCCAAAGGGCUACGGAUACGGGCAAGGAGCCGGAGCGCUGAGCUCUGACCCUCCUAACCACGAGGGCCCGCAGCAUCACGACUCUAAACCACGACCACCAAACUCUAACGAAAAUAAAUCUUCCCUGAAGUUUGGGUGUUCGGACCGCUGCCCUCGCUGCUCCAAAGCCGUCUACGCAGCUGAGAAGGUGAUGGGAGCGGGCAAGCCCUGGCACAAAACCUGCUUCCGCUGCGCGCUGUGUGGUAAAAGCCUGGAGUCGACCACAGUGACAGACAAGGAUGGAGAGCUGUACUGUAAAGUUUGCUACGCCAAAAACUUCGGGCCAAAAGGAUUUGGACUGGGGAACGAAGCCAUGUUGGAGUAACAAGAAGUCACACCUUUCACCUUUAUACCGGAUGGUGUUUGUAAUAAAUGAAAGUGUCCAGAAGUGGAAAAACAAAGGGUAGAAAAUGGUACAAAAUAAAACUAUGUUGGUACAUGAAUUCAAUGAAUAAUUGAAUGCAGUUCAUUCAUGAAAAAUGAUUGUAUUCAAUAAUAAAGCUAAAGAGGAAACUUG